AUGAUUCGACUCCGCGCAUCCCUCCUCUUCGCGUGCAUCGCGUUCGUGGUGGCAAUCUGCGUGCAGGCAGCAGCAGCAGCAGCAGCAGCAGCAGCCGCAGCAGCGCCAGAGGCACACGCGGUUCGACGUAGCGGCGGCGGUGGCAGCAGCAGCCAGAAACCGAUCGACAAGCGCACGGCCGCCGAAGUCAUCAGGCAGCUCGGCCUCGCGGCCAACCCCGAGAAGGGCUAUUUCGCCGAGACCUUCCGCGACACGCUGCUGGUCAGUUUCAACGGAAGCAGCAGCGGCCGCGCCGCCAGCACUGAAAUCUACUACCUGCUCGAGGGCAAGGUCGGCGACUCGCUGUGGCACCGUGUGGAUGCGGUCGAGGUGUGGCACUACUACGCUGGCGCCCCCCUCACCUUGUCUCUGUCCAACAAUGACGGUAGGCCGGUGCGCAAGGUGACCCUGGGCCCGGACGUGUUCAAGAGCCAGCAGCCCCAGGUCGUCAUCGCCUCGUGGGAGUGGCAGCGUGCACGCAGCCUUGGCGACUGGACCCUCGUGGGAACGACUGUUGCCCCUGGCUUCGACCCUAGUGGCUAUGAAAUUGCCGCGGCAAACUGGAAUCCUAGGUCUCGUUGA